AUGGAGGCGGCGGACAUCGUUGUAGUGGUGCUGUACUUCAUCCUGGUCCUUGCCAUUGGCUUCUUCGCCAUGAUGAAAGCCAAUCGGAGCACUGUGAGCGGUUACUUCCUAGCCGGCCGAUCAAUGAACUGGGCUAUGAUUGGUGCCUCUCUGUUCGUCAGCAACAUUGGCAGCGAGCAUUUCAUUGGCCUUGCAGGGUCCGGGGCGGCCAGCGGGUUCGGAGUCGCCGCAUGGGAGUUCAAUGCCCUCCUGCUCCUCCAGCUCCUGGGCUGGGUGUUCAUCCCUGUUUACAUCCACUCUGGGGUCUACACAAUGCCUGAGUACCUGGCCAAGCGCUUUGGCGGCCGACGGCUCAAGGUCUACUUCGCUGCUCUGUCUCUGCUGCUCUACAUCUUCACCAAGCUCUCUGUGGACCUGUACUCCGGAGCGCUCUUCAUCCAGGAGUCACUGGGCUGGAACCUCUAUCUGUCCAUCAUCCUCCUCAUCACCGUGACCGCGCUGCUGACCGUCACAGGGGGCCUGGUUGCGGUCAUCUACACCGACACCCUCCAGGCGUUCCUGAUGAUUGGUGGCGCGCUAUGCCUAACCGCCAUUAGCCUGGUAAAAGUGGGUGGCCUGGAAGGGGUGCGGACCAAGUACAUGGAAGCCAGACCGAACAUCACAGCGAUAUUAGCAUCCUCCAACUUCACCUACAUCCCCUCCUGCCACGUGGAGCCCAAGCCCGACUCCCUGCGCAUCCUAAGGGGCCCGCUGGACAAGGACCUCCCCUGGCCGGGCUUCCUCCUGGGCCAGACCCCGGCCUCCAUCUGGUACUGGUGUGCCGACCAGGUCAUUGUCCAGCGGGUGCUAGCCGCACGGAGCAUCUCCCACGCUAAAGGCUCCACACUGAUGGCCGGCUUCCUCAAGAUCCUGCCCAUGUUCAUCAUCGUCAUUCCCGGGAUGAUCUCCCGCAUCCUGUUUGCAGAUGAGCUGGCGUGUAUCAGCCCAGAACACUGCAUGGAGGUGUGUGGAUCCAGGGCUGGGUGUUCUAACGUAGCCUACCCCCGCCUGGUGAUGUCCAUCAUGCCGGUGGGUCUGCGUGGCCUGAUGAUGGCGGUGAUGAUCGCAGCGCUCAUGAGUGACCUGGACUCCAUCUUCAACUCCGCCAGCACCAUCUUCACCUUGGACAUUUACAAAAUGGCGCGGGAGAGGGCGUCGUCGAGGGAGCUGAUGGUGGUGGGGCGUGUGUUCGUGGUGUUCAUGGUGGUUAUCAGCAUCGCCUGGGUUCCUGUCAUCAUCGAGAUGCAGGGAGGCCAGAUGUUCUACUACAUCCAGGAAGUGUCUGACUACCUGACCCCGCCCAUCGCUGCCCUAUUUCUGCUGGGCGUCCUAUGGCGGCGCUGCAACGAGACUGGUGCAUUCUGGGGUGGCAUAGUGGGGUUCGCGUUGGGCGCCACGAGGCUGAUGCUUGCGUUCGUCUACAGAGAGCCCCACUGCGACGAGCCGGACGAGCGGCCGUCUUUUGUCAAGGACGUCCAUUUCAUGUACGUGGCAGCCGGGCUGUUCUGGAUCACAGUACUGGUGGCUGUGGUGGUUAGCCUCUGCACCCCUCCACCGAGCAUAGAGCAGGUCCGCACCACUACCUUCUGGGGGCUACGCCAAAGAAACACAACCCUAAACAUAGAGAGAGAUGAGGAGGAGAUGAGCAAGCUGAACCCCCAAACUAAGACCCAUGUCAAUGGGAACGGCUGCAUGGACAACGAGACGCCCAAAGACCUCCAUAAUGGUGUCAAUGGGGUGGAGGCUUUAUCCUAUAUGGAGUCUCCAUCUAAUCUCCAAAAUGGCGGGCACCCGACCUUUUCAAGCACCGGAAUGGCGGUAGACCAAGAAAAGCCUUGGGUGGUCUGCUGUGGAGGGGAGAAGGGGAGGUGUGUGAGGGUUCUAGAGUGGUUCUGUGGGUUUAAGGAGGAGCAGGCUAAGACCCGGCCCAGAUCAGCCGAGGAGGAAGAGAGGCUUUUGCAGGAGAUGCUCCAGGAGACCCCCAGAACCAGACUCAUCCUCAACAUGGGCCUGGUGCUGGUCUGCUCUGUGGGGGUGUUCCUCUUCAUCUACUUCUCUCUGUAG